AUCCGCAGACCACAGGAAUGAAGCAACUCUAACGGAUGUGUAACACACACAGCUAUUUCGGAUAACUUUAUUCUUUAUUAUCAAAACACACCUUUUGUUUUUGUUUCUUAUGGACUGGACAAGAAAAGUUUAAUAUCUGACGAGGAAUACCUGACAGCGCCUAACGGAACGGGCACAUACACAUCGUCCGCAAACUGUCACACCUUCCUAUCUCAAAUAUUUGAGUGGGUCGAGGAGAUCGGAUCUGCUUUUGGACUGUAUUUUUUGUUGGUUGUUGUUUUCGUUGUUUUGGGGUGAGGGACAAGUCCCUAGAAAAUUUCAAUAAGACUGAGUCGCUUUCUCUCCUCUCGUCCAUGAAACCAACUCUCGGAUGGUAAGGAUUCCAGAGAAUGGUAAAUGAUCGAUGGAAAAUCAUGAACAGUGUUUCAGAACUCGAGGAUGGACAGCAGCAUAAAUCUCAGAGGAUGAGCUGUAGCUAUCUCUUAUGCACCAUCCUGCUGUUUGUUGCCGUGUUACUGGCUGUCACGGUAACAGGGAUCAUACUUCUGAUGAACCAUUACCAAGCGCCCACUGGCCCCGAUGGUCCUCCUCUCAUCAGCACCAACCAGGAUGAGGGUAAUGCCUUGGUUACCAUUGAGAGGGGUGACGGCUCUCGCAUCAACAUCUUCAUUGACCCCAACUGCCCCGACUACAACAAUAACUUCCUGCGUCUGGAGGGGGUGCAGACUUCUCUGCUGCACUCUCUUACUGACCACGACACUGAUCUGAAGUCAGUGAAAGGGCAGGACCGGGCUCUACUGGUUAAACUGGCUGAGGAAGUGGCCAAGCUGUCUGCCCACGCCAGUCAACUGAAGAUGGAGUACAACACACUGAGACAGGGCCAGGGCAACAUCGGACAGGAACUUAGCACUCUACAGACCGAACAGGGCAGGCUCAUUCAGCUGCUGUCCGAGAGUCAGAUCAACAUGGUGAAUGUGGUGAACUCUGUGAGUGACGCCCUCAGCUCCAUGCAGAAGGAAACAGGAAAUAUCAAGAGUCGUCUCAAGGCAGAUCUGCAGAGGGCUCCUGUGCGCAGUGCACGGCCCAAGGGCUGUGCUGGUGGAGAAGGUUUCAGACCUAGAGACUGCAGUGACAUCUAUGCCAGUGGGCAAAGAGAGGACGGUAUCUAUUCUGUGUUCCCUACGCACUACCCAGCAGGCUUUCAGGUCUUCUGUGACAUGACUACUGAUGAGGGCGGAUGGACGGUGAUUCAACGCAGAGAAGAUGGCUCUGUUAACUUUUUUCGUGACUGGGAAGCAUACCGUGAGGGAUUUGGCAAGAUAACAGGAGAACAUUGGCUCGGCAUGAAGCGAAUCCAUGCACUUACCAUCCAAGCCAACUAUGAGCUGAGAAUUGACCUGGAGGACUUCGAGAACAGUACCUCCUUUGCACAGUAUGGAUCUUUUGGAGUGGGUUUGUUCUCGGUUGACCCGGAUGAGGAUGGUUACCCGCUGAGCAUCGCUGACUACUCUGGCACUGCAGGCGACUCGUUGCUCAAACACAAUGGGAUGAAAUUCACCACUAAGGACAAGGACAACGACCACUCUGAGAACAAUUGUGCCUCCUUCUACCACGGAGCCUGGUGGUACCGUAACUGUCACACCUCCAACCUCAACGGACAGUACCUGCGUGGCCAGCACACCUCCUACGCUGAUGGCAUCGAGUGGUCGUCCUGGACGGGGUGGCAGUAUUCGCUGAAGUUCACGGAGAUGAAGAUCAGGCCCACCAAGGAAGAGAAUAAAUGAGCGAGAACUAGAAGGAACUUAGAGGAACGAAAAGGAACUCAUAGAUGGCUGUAGGUGGUAGAGACACUCAAUACAGAAAUGCGAGAACUUUUGACUUCUCUUUUGCCAUGAUUUUGUUCAUAUUCCCUUUCCCUGUUUCCAGACCAUCUUGUAGUGUUUGUGCUAAUGCCCAGAGGGCCUCUGUUUUUCUCUUGAUCUAUUAUUCCCAUUUCUGAAUAUUAUUAUGAAACAUUGCAGGUAUUGUCAAAAACAGUGGUUCUCAACUGGUGGGUCGCAGGUCUGUUCUGAUAGGUGCAGCAGGGAAAAAACAAUGCUAAAUGUAAAUAAUAAAAGGCAACUAACCAUAUAAUCAUGCAUGGUUAGGACAGUAAAACAAGUAGGAUUAUCAACUUUUCAAAAGGAGGAGAAAAUGCUUCCCAUAUCUUUUGUUGUUGGCGUGAAACGACAAACGUCCAAUCAAACUCUGUUUUGCUGCAAAUUCAAAGUUCUUAUGAAAAAAGCUUCCCAAAUUAGAAGGUUACCAACGUGGAUAGGUUAUGUGACACACUACACAAGAUACAGGUUCCCUUGCAGCGAGGAUAAACAUUUGUGCCAACCUCAAUGUGUUUUCUACUGUAAAUUAUUGGCUGCCAAGAACAUGAAACCAUCAAAAUUCAAAUGAAAUUUUUAAUUCCAAAAUUGUCAAUUUUGCUAUUCAGCCUAUGUCACAUUAAUAAUUUUGCUACUGUGUUGUGAAAAAAGUAUUGGGUCCUGAAGCAAAACCAGUUGAGAACCACUAUUCUAAAAAGUACUAAUGAAUAAAUAAAUAGUUGUUGUCUAAAAAAAAAAAAAGAAAGGAAAAAAAAACUUUCUGUAGCUGUGAAAUCUGAACAUGUAGCUUUUCAUAACAAUGAAGACUUUGAACUCCUCUCAAGCAAGUUCCUUUUGAUUUUCUGACGGAGAGACUGGUUGUCUUACGUUAUUUUCAUUCAGUGCUUAAUCAAUUAAACAUAACAAAGUUGUGUCCACCCACUGCUGUGAUAUCUGGGAGGUAACUAGAUUUCCCACAUGUUGAGUAAAUACGUUAUUGAUCAGGAAUGCAUAAAGAGAAUAUGUGUCACAGAGGUGUCUUUCAGAGUGAUGGGCCAGUUCAGACACAUUAUUCGCCCUGACAGGUCAGUUGCACCAGGGCGUACCAGUCAUUGGAAGCUUUAUCAGUGGAGAAACAGAACUUGCUACAAAAAAUCCUGGUUUUACUGUCAGUUAUCAGAGUGUUGUGGAUCUUAUGCUUUGGAUGGUAUUCAUGGCACAUGAGGUCAGUUUUUGCCUGAAAUGACAAUGAGAUUGCUUGAUGAAGCUUAAAGGGACAAUUCCCCCAAAAUGAAAAUUCUGUCAACAUUUGCAUCUUCUAUGGAACACAAAAGCAGAUGUUAGGCAGAAUGUUAGGCUCAGUCACCAUUCAUUUUCAGUGCAAAGAAUGGAAUGAAUGGCACUUUCCAUGGAAGAAAGAAAGUCAGGUUUGGAACAACACAAGAAUCAGUCAUGUGAUGAUAGGAUUUUCAUUUUUGAGUGAACUAUCCCUUUAAGGUUUGACUCUUGGGGAAGAUCUGGGAACUGAAUCUGGGUUCAACUAUUUCUGUUGUUGUGAGCAGACUUUCACUACUAUUUAAUUGUGAAACAUAAAUCAGAUCAUCCUGUAGGUCAUUUUGGUAGCUCAUUUGUUUCUCUUAAAUGUUUGAUCAUGUAUUAUUUGUCUUUUGUUAUUUUAGAUCAAUGUUGAGGUUCUUCAUAUCUGAAUGUGUUUUUUUUUUUUUUUUUUUUCUUAAAGG